UAUCAGUUUUUAAUAUGGUUGGAAAAAAAUGUUACAUGCUGGAAACCACGUGCAUUUGCAUGGAUGCUGUCAACGACAAAAAAUGACGCAGCUUCCGGGUUCUUCAUGGUGGCGUUCAGGUCCGCUGUGCUUCACUGUGCGAGGGGGGUUCUGUGUCAGUCUGUGUGUCACCUGUCAAAUCCUCAAGUAUGGAGCAUGCCCUGUGAAGCGCAGCCUCGGUUCGUGGUUCUGUACGGGUCUCAGAAGGGUCAAGCUCAGUCCAUAGCAGAGGGGAUAGCGGAGGAGGCCCAGGACCAUGGACUGGGAGCUGAGCUCAGCUGCUUGAGUGAGCAUGAGAAGUACAAUUUGGAGAAGGAGAAUGCCCCCGUGGUCUUUAUUCUGUCUACUACUGGAGACGGGGAGCCGCCAGACAGUGCCCUGCAAUUUGUAAAGCGCCUCAAGAAGAAGACUCUCUCUACUGACCACUAUAAACACCUUAGCUAUGCACUUUUAGCUUUAGGAGACACAAACUAUGCAAAUUUCUGCAACUGUGGGAAAACAGUUGAGCGUCGUCUACAGGAACUUGGAGCCACACAAUUCUAUGCUGCAGGAUAUGCAGAUGAUGGUGUAGGUCUGGAGGUGGUGGUGGACCCCUGGCUUGAAGGAGUGUGGGAAGCAAUUAAAGGAGCAUUAUCAAAAAUGGCUUCUGACAGGAAAGGGGAGUCGAGGGAUUUACCGAAGGAAACUCCUGAUUCACAGAUAUCAGAUGUCAAACUUAACCUCCUAAGCCUUAGUGAUGAACAGAAUUGCAAGUCACUCACGGCAUCUGUCGACCCAGACUCAAAAUCUGCACCUGUAGCUUCAACUUCUGCCUCUGCUGCACAAACAGCUGAUUCAAAUCUCAGGGCUACUUCUCCUGGGUCUCAUGGUACCGACAGUGUUUCUGCAUCAGCACCGCAGACACAGGCCGUGGCUGUUGAAGUUCCCCCUGUUGCAUUAGCCGCCUCUCUGACAUGCUCCCUGCCCCCGCUGUCAGAGUCCGCUCUUAAUGUUCCUGCUCUGCCUCCACCAUACCUGGAUGUCUCUCUCCAGGAUGUGGGCACAAUGGAACAGAUUGUUGAACAGCCAAUCAAAGAAAGUCUUCACGAGGUUCCCAUAAACAGGGCGGUGCACCUGACCAGUGGAGAUUCAGUCAAGACCAGCCUUCUCUUAGAGUUGGACAUCUCUGCUCACCCGACGAUAGCCUAUGAGCCGGGGGAUUCGUUUGAUGUGUUCUGCCCAAACAGAGCCGCAGAGGUGGAGGAGAUGCUCCACAGAUUGGGCCUUCACGACCAGAGGAACUGCCAUGUCCAUGUCUCCCUAAAAAAGGAUCAUAAGAAAAGAGGUGCCCAGGUGCCACCCUACAUCCCCCAGAGCAUUUCUUUGCUGUCCUUGCUCACUUGGUGUCUGGAGAUCAGAAGCGUCCCUAAGAAGGCGUUUCUCCGAGCGCUGGUGGAGCAGACGGCCGACGGCGUGCAGAGGAGGAGACUGCAGGAGCUCUGCAGCAAACAAGGCGCCGCAGAUUACAACCUGUACAUGAGAGACCGGAGCCUCAGCGUCUCGGAGCUGCUCGCAGCCUUUCCGUCCUGCUCGCCGCCUCUCAGCCUCCUCAUAGAGCAUGUGCCGAAACUGCAGCCCAGGCCUUAUUCAGCAGCCAGCUCCUGUGUCAAGCACCCAGGCAAGCUGCAUUUUGUCUUCAACGUGGUCGAGUUCCCAGCAGGCUCCGGACGGCCUGCUGGGAGGCGAGGUUUGUGUACCGGUUGGCUGUUUGACCUCAUCAAUCGUGGCCUGGUUUUCCCGGAGAGGGUUGAACGCUCCGGCAGCCCGGCUCUGCCUAAGAUCCAUGUGAGCUUGAGACCCAACUGCUCCUUCCGGCCUCCCUCUGAUCUGUCGCUGCCCUUCAUCAUGGUCGGCCCAGGCACGGGAGUUGCCCCCUUCAUCGGUUUCCUCCAGCAAAGAGAGCGGGAGAGGCAGGCGAACCCCGAGGCUGCGUUUGGCGAGACCUGGCUGUUUUUCGGUUGUCGCCACAGAGACGGAGACUUCCUGUUCAGAGAGGAGCUGGAGGGCUUUGUGACCAGCGGUGUCCUAAACCACCUCAAGGUGUGUUUCUCCAGAGACGACCCGGAGCAGGAGGAGCAGAAGGAGGUCGCCACCUCGGUAGCUCGACCCAGAUACGUCCAACACAACCUGCUCCUCAACAGCCGUGACGUCACAGAAAUCCUGCUCAAACGGAACGGUUCCCUUUACGUCUGCGGGGAUGCAAAGAACAUGGCCAAGGACGUGAAUGACACCCUGGUGGAGAUGGUCCGAGCCGAGCUUCAGGUGGACCAACUGGAGGCCAUGAAGAGGCUGGCCGGGCUGAGAGAGGAGAAACGCUACCUGCAGGACAUCUGGGGCUGACGGAGGACGAGCAGAUAACGGCUCAUUGCAGCAUGCUGAGCUUUCCUUUUCUUUUUUCUUUUUUACAACCUCAAAAAAAAAAAAAAAAGAAUCAGCAUGCUCAGCUGUAACCUCUAGAACCAUUAAAUCGCGGAUGCUGAAGCCUGGAGGUAGUUUACACCACCCAGCGCUACCAAGAUGGAAUGUACAUUGCUAGCCCGGGGGUAACGGUUCACUACAUCAUCUCGGGCUUUGCUGUUUGAACAGAAAUGACCUUGGUCGGGGCAAUAGUGUCGGAGAUUGGUCCUGCAGUGUGAACACGUGUGUUUCAGUGGAGAAAAGCCUCCUCCGCUCCUCCUGGUGUUUACUACCCUCGGCUGCAAUGGACUGAGUCUGAUGAGACGGAGAGCGGAGAUAUCGCUCCAGCCUGGACUGAAACGAGACAAUAAUCUCAAGUUCUUAAACUGUACACACACACACACACUCACACACACACGUCUCUCUAUAGUUGUGAGGACACUCGUUUACAUUAUGCAUUCCCUAGCCCCUUUACCCAUCACAACUAAGUGCCUAAACCUAACUCUAAAACCAAGUCUUAACGCUCAAACAGUCCAUUGACUUUGUGAGGAUCAAUGAUGGUAUUAAACCAAAAUUGGCCCUCAUAACCACACACACACACAC